AGUUUGAAUGAGUUACAUCUCCAUCAAUGUCCAAAACCAUAAUUUACCAUUUUGCCGUUUCAUUUGGUCUCACAUCACUCCACAUUCUUCUCUAACCAACACUCUCCUUCUCACAACUCAACCCUAAUUUGCUUUUUUCCCCCUCAAUUCCCAAACACAUGAACAUGUCUGAAAAAUAUCCCUCAAAUCUUCUUCUUCUUUGCUUAAUCUCAUAAAUGAAGUGCAAAAUCCAAAUAUUCUUGUGGGCCAUCCUCACAUUCCCCUGCACCAUAAUCACACUCGAUGAUCAUCCACUUCUCUUAGACUGUGGUGCAAAUCUUGAAUCCACAGAUUCCUCCGGCAGAAAAUGGAUCCCAGAUUCAAGAUUCCUCACUACCAACAACCACUCUCUCUCAUCCACUGCAAAAUCCCAAGAUCCCUCACUCCCCUCCACAGUCCCUUACAUGCAAUCAAGAAUCUUCAAAUCCCAAUCCACCUACACACUCCCCAUCUCCCCCACCUCCCGCCACUGGCUCCGCCUCCACUUCUACCCCACCUCCUACGCCGCCGCCCUCGACCCCGCCGCCGCCCUCUUCUCCGUCUCCGCCGCCGGCCUCACCCUCCUCCACAACUUCAGCGCCGCCAUCACCGCCCAAGCCCUCACACAAGCCUACAUCAUAAGAGAAUAUUCUCUCACAACCCUAAACUCACCGCUCCUCCAUCUCACCUUCACGCCCGAUCCCGAUCACGACCGUCCAAACGCCUUCGCCUUCAUCAACGGCAUCGAGAUCAUCCCGAUCCCGGAGAUCUUCCCGCCCGAGUAUUACUCCCGCGCGAUGCAAACCAUGUUCCGGCUCAACGUCGGCGGCCGGUUCAUCGCGGCGGACGAAGACUCCGGUCUGACCCGGACAUGGCACGACGAUUCCCCGCACAUAUACGGCGCCGGCUUCGGGGUCACCACGCGCGCCGGCGCCGGCGUCGCGUAUCCUUCUCGAGAGUCGAGGCUCGCGGCCCCGCCGGAUGUCUACCUCACGGCGAGGUCGAUGGGCCCCAACUCCACGCUCAAUCUCAACUACAACCUCACUUGGAUUCUUGAUGUGGAUGCCAACUUCAGCUAUCUCGUGAGGCUGCAUUUCUGCGACUUUUUUUUUGGCAAGGUGAAUCAGAUGGUGUUCCUCAUCUUCAUCAACAAUCAAACGGUGGAAACCGACGCCGAUGUCGCGGCGUGGGCCGGAGGAAAAGGAGUGCCCGUCUACAAGGAUUAUGAAGUCCGCCAAAAUGGUCAUAACCAGCUAUGGCUGGCUCUGCAUCCAAACGUGGAAUCCAAACCUCAAUACUAUGAUUCAAUCCUUAAUGGAAUCGAAGUAUUUAAACUCAACGACACCAAGGGGAACUUAGCGGGCCCCAAUCCCAUCCCAUCUCUCAAAAAAGACAUGUCACAAGAUGCAACAGCAACAAAAUUCCCAUCAAGAUCAAGAAAAAAAAGUCGCCUAAUUGUAAUAUUAGCCUCACUUUUAGCUUCCGUGGCUGUUCUCGUCGGCCUCAUCGCCGCCUGUUUCAAGCAGAGCAGCAAAGGCGGCGCGCCGUGGCUGCCAAUCUACGGCGGCAGCAGCAGCAGCAGCCAGAUCUCGAGCCGCCUCGGGGAAGGCCUGUGCCGCCAUUUCUCCAUCGGCGAGAUCAGAGCCGCCACCCACGGCUUCAGCGAGGCGUGCGUGGUGGGCGUGGGAGGAUUCGGGAAGGUCUACCGCGGCUGCAUCGACGGCAACGCCACCGAGGUCGCCGUCAAGAGAGCAAACCCCUCAUCGCAGCAAGGCUUGCAUGAAUUCUUGAACGAGAUCGAGCUCCUGUCCAAGCUCAGACACCGGCAUUUGGUUUCGUUGAUCGGAGCCUGCGAGGAAAACAACGAGAUGGUGCUCGUGUACGAUUACAUGGCGAACGGGACUCUGCGCGAGCAUCUGUACAACAUCAACCUCAACGGCAACAAGGGCUGGUCUGAUCAUCUGUCGUGGAAGCAGCGGCUGGGAAUCUGCAUCGGGGCGGCGAGGGGGAUUCACUAUCUGCACACCGGCGCAAAGCACCCCAUCAUCCACAGAGACGUCAAGACCACCAACAUUCUCCUCGACGACAAGUGGGUGGCGAAGGUCUCCGACUUCGGGCUGUCGAAGGCGAGGCACGCCCUCGACCAAGCCCACGUCAGCACCGCCGUGAAGGGCAGCUUCGGGUACCUGGACCCGGAGUACUACCGGCGGCAGCAGCUCACGGACAAAUCCGACGUGUACUCGUUCGGGGUGGUGCUGUUCGAGGUGCUGUGCGCGCGGCCGGCCAUCGACGCCGGCCGCCCGAGGGAGCAGCUCUGCCUGGCGGAUUGGGCGGUGGCGAGUUACAGAAAAGGGGCGAUGGAGGAGAUGAUUGAUCCCAGCAUUAGGGGCGAGAUCAAUGCGGAGUGUCUGAAACGCUACACGGAAACGGCGGUGAAGUGCUUGUCUGAAGACAGCAUCGAUCGCCCCUCCAUGGGUGAGGUGUUGAGGAAUCUUGAACACUGUCUUAAGCUGCAGAGUGGUGGUGAGGAAGAGGAGCAACACAGUGUGAAUGAUGCUGCGUUUGCAGAUGUAUUGGAAACACAAGGGAGAUGAAUGAGAUGAGAUGGAGCAAUAUUCUUGAUUCUACAAAAUUAAAUCAUCUUUUGAUAGUGCAUGUGUGAAAAUGUUCAUGUCUAGGAAAACAUGUUGAAAUUACCCAAUUUUAGUUGAUGAAUGAAUAAACUUACAACACAAA